GCCGGAACCAGUGGUGCGCGGCUGGAAGAAUUGCAGCACUGGCCGCUGCUGCCGGCGCUGGGCUCGCGCUCGGGAUGCGGGGUGCUGCUGCCGGUACGACACAGCCGACUGCUGUUCUGCCUGCCGCCCUCUGCGCCAGCCGGCAAGGAGGCCAAGGGGCCGAGCGGCGGCGGCGGCGGCGGCGGCGUGAGUGGAGGGGGAGCGGCGGCGCCGGAGGUUAGCGGUGCGGCGGCGGCAGCGGGGCCCGUGCCUGCGCUGGACGACCUGGCACCCUCUCUCCCGGCCCCUUGGAACUGGCUAUCCCCCGCCCUGCACGGCAUUGGCUGCCCGCUGCUUGACCCACGGUUCACUUCCGUCGUCAGCCGCCACUGCGGCCCGCAUCCGGAGGACCUGCCGCCUCGGAGCCUCGCCGAGGCGGCGGCAGUCGCCGCCACUGGCGCGUCGCCGGCGUCACUGACCCGUGGGUCGGCAGCGACGGCCGCCGCCGCCGCAUGCGCCGCAUUGGUGUCGCGAAUGCGACUGUGUGACGCGGCGGUGGGCGGGUCGCUGCCGGUGCGGUGUGAGGCGGCGUGGGAUGACCGGACGAGGGCUGCGGUGCUGGGGUUGCUGGCGGAGACGACUCCCACUACGCUGGACCCAGCGGACCUCAUCUUCCUGCGCCGCCUGCCCAUCUACCCCACCCAUGCGGGCGGCUACACAGCCCUGGAGGGACCCCUGGCGCCGCCGCCACCACCACCAUCGGUCGGUUCAGCGGCAGCGGACGUCCCUGCGGCCGCCGGAGCCCCCGCAACGACGGGUGGAACAGGAGGAGGAGGAGCAGGAGGAGCUGGUGGUGCUGGAGGUGGUAUUGCGGUGGAGGGCGGUGCCGUGGUGUGUUCCUCGGAGCUGCUGCAGCUGGUGCCGGGCCUGGCCGCCUCGCUGCCCUCUUCCGUCCCGCAGCGCCUGCUCCUCCCGCAGCCCGGCGCCUCCCGCCUCUACUCACUCCUCAACAUCUCCUCCCUCACCCCCGCCACCUUCCUCGCCUCCAUCGCCCUGCCGCACCUCCCCGCCCUACCCGACACCCUCCAAGCCUCCCUCCUUACCUACCUCCAAACCAACUGGACCCGCCUGCGAUCCGAAGAAGGCCUACUGGCCGCCCUACGCGACACGGCAUUCGUACUAACCGCCGACGGUACGACAAAACGACCGGGAGAGUUGUACGACCCUGAUCAACCGCUUUUCGCAGCGGCUUUCCUGGGUUGCCCGGUGUUCCCUCGGGAGCAGUUUGCCUUCCCUGCCUGGCUAGCGGUGUUGCGGGAUGUGGGGUUGCAGGCAACGGUGACGCCGGCGGCGUUUCUGGCGGCUGCGGAGGCGGUGGCGGCGAGGGCGACGGCGCUGCACAUGACGUUGCCGUACGAGGGGAUUCCGGAAGAGGGAGCGAGCUUGGAAGACCCCUUCCUCUCCGGCGGUGCUCCCGAGGUGCCCCCACCGGUGGCCGCCGCUCGCGCCCGCUUGCUGCAGGCUGCUGACAUGCUGGUCUCGCACCUCACCUCCUCUGCGUCCUCCUCCUCCUCCUCCUUGCUAGCAGCGGUAGGGGCUGCAGGCAGGGGUGCAGCAGCAGGAGGUGCAGGAGGAGGUGCAGGGCAGUCGCUGGCGGGAGCGGGUCGGGAGUGGUGGGGCUCGCUGGCCAAGGUCGCUUUCGUGCCUGCGCAGCUGGGGCUGCCGGGCAGCAGGCGGGCGAGGCAGGUGCUCACAAGGUACUCUGACGCUGCCGCCGCCGCCGACUGGCCGCUGGUGUGGUCGGUGCUGCCGGUGGUGGCGGCGGAGCGACAGCCGGCGGCGGGGCUGGGGCAGGGGCAGCUGCGGCUGCGCUCGCCGCCGCCCUUCGCGGCGAUGCUGGCACACCUGCGGCGGGUUGGCGCCGACUGCGGCGAAGAGGCGUUGGGCGGCUGGCCAGCGUCCGCGGGGUCAGUGGAGGAGGCGUUUAAAGCCGUGCUGCAAUACCUGGACAGGGAGGGAGUGGCGGGGGGCAAGGCUGCCCAGCUGCGAGAUGUGGCGUUUGUCCCCGUGGCCCGAGGCACGCUGCUUGCGCCGCCCAGACGCCUGUACGUGCGACUCAAGGAGGACCUGGCUCCGUUUGCCUUCGAGGUCCCGCCCUCCCUCGCCUCCUUCACGCCCCUUCUCAAGAGCCUGGGAGCUCAAGACGAGCCGCGUGCGCAAGACCUCCUCGACUCCCUGCACGCCCUCGCAGCCUCAGCGGGUGGCGCGCCGCUCAGUCCCAACCAACGCCAUGCCGUACUGCGGUUGCUGGCGUUGCUUGCAGGACCCACGGCAGGCGGCGCGGCGGGGGUGGGCGCGGCGGCAGGGGGUGCAGGAGUGGUGGCAGCCGGGGGCGCAGGUGGAAUGGGAGGAGUGGGUCGCAGUGCGGCGGACCUGGCCUACCUGAAUGCGGCUAGGAGGGAGCGGCGGCUGCUGGUUCUGGCUGCGGAUGGCAGGCUUGUUCCCGCACACACGGCGGUGAGUGUGGGCGAGGGCGGCGGCGGCGGCGGCGGCAGUUCCGCGGGUCGGUUGCUGGGUCGGCUGGACCCGCGCGCCCUCACUCUGGCUCACCCGCUGCUGCCGGAGGGUGUGGCUGGGUGGCUGGGCUGCAUGCGGCUGGGUGAGGUGGCGGAGGAGCGGCUGGAUCCGGGGCACUGCUUGGAGCCCGUGGAGCAGAUACAGGGCCUCACCCUACGAGACGCCCGCGCCCUCCUCGCCUCCCCAGCCUUUAUCAGCGCCUGUCACGCCCUGCUGCGCACCCACGCGCCUUUACUUCGCGGCCUGACCGCCACCGCGUCCUCACUGACCCGUGGGUCACUCCACGAGCUCGCCGCGACGCUUCGCUCCGCCGCCUCUCGCCUCACCUUUGUCCGCAGCCUCCGUACAACUGCCGUACUUCGCAGCUCAGGCGCGCCUCUCUCUCCUGAUGCGGAGGCCUCUCGCGCCGUCUUUGACUUUGUGGAGAGCUCCCCGACUCCCACAUCAGCCCAUCCGUCGGCAGCGCCACAACACACGGCUUCAAGCCUCGGCCGGAUCUACAUCGCAGAGCCGCCGUCGCAUCUGCCGGUAUCCUGGCUCCUCUCCAGCGUCGUGAGUCGCGUGCUGGGCAGUCCCGUGGUUCUUCCGCUCCAGCCACUCUUCACCACACCGCCCGCCGAGCUCCCGCAGCUGCAGCCGGUGCUGCUGCCGGGCGGCUUCGAUGCGGGCAUGGAGACGGCGGCGCAGGCGGGCACACCCGGAGCGCCGCUGCUGCCUGCUGACGUGGCAUUGCUGCAGCUGAAGCCGCUGCGGCGAUACGUGGCGGGGGAGGUGGUGGCGUACCAGCGGACUGCGGAGAUGACGACGACCGCAGCGGCGGAGGGGGGAGGCGUGGCGGCGGCGGCGGCGGCGGCAGCCGCGGAGCGGCGGGCCGCCGGCGGUGACGCCGUUGCCUCCGGCAGCAACAGCAGCAGCAGCAGCAGCAGCAGCAGCAGCACCAGCAGCACCAGCAUGUGUUACGGUCGGGUUGCGGCGCACUGCGCUGCGAGUGAGGGUGCGGGGGUGCAUCGGGUGCAGGUGGAGGUGGAGCCGGGGGUGGUACGGCAGCUGCUGUCCACGCAGGUGUUUUGCUUCAGGAGCCCUUCCGGCGAAGCAGCGGCCCAAGACACUGCCGCCGCCGUGGCGACAUCUCCAGCCAUGCCCGCUCCCACCACCGCUACCAUGCCCUCCGGCGGAGGCUCACAAACGUCCCCUGCGGCCGCCUCCACGCCCUCUUCCACCACCGCAACCGCAACCGCACCCCACGCCGCUGCUGCUGCUGCUGUUGACGCGGCCGGCGGUCCGGUUCGGGCGAGUGAGAUGGUUGCAGCCGUGCGGGACGUGUUGGCGGCUGCGGGGCUGCCGCUGGAGGCGGGUGCGGGGCAGCUGAUGGGGCGGGUGGCGGCACUUCAGGAGGAGCUUGAGGCGGCGCAGGAGCAACUGGCGCAGGCCAAGCGGGAGGCUGCCUCCAGUGCUGCUGACGCGGAGAGUGCUCGCGGCGCUUGGCAGUGCAAGAUCUGCUUCAGUCGCGACGUGGACGCAGCCUUCACGGGCUGCGGACACCUCAUCUGCGCUCGCUGCGCCGCUGCCUCCGGCUCCAGUCGCUGCCCCGUGUGCCGCAAGCCCAGCCAGCAGCUGCUGCGGCUGUACAGGGCGUGAUCAGGGCAGCGGAGCAGAGCAGGCGGUGCGGGUAGAAGUGGGGUAGAAGGUGGUGGAACUGGUGGUGGUGGUGGGCUGCUAGCGUAGGUGGUGGGGUGAAACCGUGUAGAGGUGUAGGCAGCAAAUGAGCGGCGCGGAAUGGGCACCCAGUGCUGGGUGUUAGGAACACUGACCGCGUGUUAGAUGGCGGUGCGGACAGAAGGGCGGGGAGCAUAGAUCGGUAGAGGCAGGUCGAGUAGUGGGCGGGGGUUACAUCUUACAUGUAGGUAGAAUGCAGAGAACGAAAAUGUAGGUCGCAUUGAGUGGCAUUGAGUGGUGCAUGGCGAUGGCAGUGUGAGGGUAAUUCGUGGUUGUGUUGUGUUGUGCGAUCGUGUGUUCGUCCACUGUAUGGAAUGUAGUGGUGCUGAAGAGUUGAAACGCAAGUGCCUGAAGAGGGGAAGAAGUUCAGCAGGCGGUGCAGUGCGGGGGUGGAAUAUGCGGGUGGAUCGCCGUGACAUGGGCGUGUUAUUGCAUGCAGGCGUAGUGGUCGUUGUUGUUGUUGCUCAUGGGGGCGGUGACAUCAGUGGGACAUGUUUGUGAAGUGUCCAGGAAUCCAUGUAAUGAAAGGUGUGCGGGGGCCGGACCCCCGUCUCCUGCCUGGCCUGGCACUUAGAGAAUUAGAUACGCGUUUGAAACUACUUUGUUGCAGCGAACAGCUGUGCCAUGCAUAUAUUUGUACUGGGGCGUAAAGAGGGCCCUUGCGUGUAACCUGGGAACGCAUA